CACCCGAGUUCGACUCUCCACACUCUCCUGUCCACCCGCUCCGGGACCCUCCGCUGCCCCCCCGACCAUGGCCCAGAAGCCCAAGCUUGACCCGCACGUCGGGCGGCUGGGGUACCUGCAGGCGCUGGUCACGGAGUUCCAGGAGACUCAGAGCCAAGACGCCAGGGAGCAGGUCCUCGCCAACCUCGCCAACUUCGCCUAUGACCCCAACAACUACCCCUAUCUGCGGCAGCUGCAGGUCCUGGACUUAUUCCUCGAUUCGCUGUCGGAGGAGAACGAGACGCUGGUGGAGUUUGCGCUGGGAGGCCUCUGCAAUCUGUGCCCAGACAGGGCCAACCAGGAGCAUAUCGUGCAAACGGGAGGCGUUCCCCUGGUCAUCAACUGCCUGUCCAGCCCCAACGAGGAGACUGUGCUGUCGGCCAUCACCACCCUCAUGUUCCUCAGCUCGGGCCCGGGCCGGCCGGCCGAGAUCAAUGCCCUGCCGGUGGUGCAGUGCAUGCUGCGCUUCUCCCUUUCGGCCAGCGCCCGGCUCCGGAACCUGGCCCGGGUCUUCCUGGAGGACUUCUGCUCCCCCAGCCUGGUGGCCGAAGCCCGCAGCCGGGACGCGCAGUCUGCCCUGGGCAUCCCCCUGCCCCGGGCCUCAGGCCCCCAGUGCUCCUGAAGGAACAGCUCGGGACUGGGACAC